AUGAGAGUAGUGGAAGGUGAUAGAAUAGGUGAAGAAGGAAAGGUCACUGCUGAUAGAGGCAGCAGUUUCAGAAGAUUUUGGAGAAGACCACCAAGGCUUCCUCCUCGAUUACCACCAAAUGAAGAAGUUAGUAAUAAUUCUUUCAUCCAUGAAUUUAAGAAGUCUAAUGCAUAUCCAAAGUGGAUAGCUAGGCAACAAAGCGUUAAGAAAGCCUUCAUCCAUGCAUGGUCAGGGUAUAAAAAAUUUGCAAUGGGCUUUGAUGAGCUUAUGCCGAUUAGCCAACAAGGAGUCGAUGGGUUAGGAGGUUUAGGUGCUACUGUUGUGGAUGCUCUUGAUACUGCCAUGAUAAUGGGCCUCAAUGAUGUUGUUUCUGAAGCAGGCUCAUGGAUUGAGGCACACUUAUUAGAUAGAAUUACUAAAAAGGGUCAAGUUAACUUGUUUGAGACAACAAUACGUGUUUUAGGCGGUCUUUUGAGUGCAUAUCAUCUUAGUGGGUUUGAACAGGGAAUGAACUCCACACACAAGAUGCCUAAACCAGAUGUUUAUCUAGAUGUGGCCAAAAACUUGGCUGAUCGUCUCCUAUCUGCUUUUACUUCCAGUCCAACUGCAAUUCCUUUUAGCGAUGUAGUUCUGCAUGAUGCAUCAGCACAUCCUGCCCCUGGUGGUCUGAGUAGUACUUCAGAAGUUUCAACAUUACAGCUUGAGUUUAAUUAUCUUAGUGUUGUUUCUGGCGAUCCAAAGUACAGUGUGGAAGCCAUGAAGGUUUUAGCUCAUUUUCAAACUCUCCCCAAGGAAGAAGGACUUGUUCCUAUCUACAUAAGCCCUCACACUGGUGAAUUUAGUAGCGAAACUAUUCGGCUGGGAUCUCGUGGUGACAGCUACUAUGAGUAUCUAAUCAAGGUGUGGCUUCAGCAAGGAGCCAAUCGAGAUAGUAACUUGACAUAUCUAUAUAACAUGUAUGAGGAGGCAAUGAAGGGGGUUAGGCACUUAUUAGUUCGGAAAUCAAUCCCAAAUGGCUUGACUUUUGUUGGGGAAUUGCCCUCUGGAUCUAAUGGUGCUUUCAGUCCAAAAAUGGACCAUUUGGUAUGCUUUUUACCUGGCACUCUUGCACUUGGGGCCACUAAAGGCAUCACGAGAAAAAAAGCUAUGGAGGACAAUCUUCUCACUUUUAAAGACCUGGAAAAUUUGAAGCUGGCAGAAGAUUUGGCUGAAACAUGCUUUGAGAUAUAUGCAGUAACUUCUACAGGUCUUGCUCCAGAAAUUGCUUACUUUCAUACAGAGGAAUAUUUUGAAGGCGGUCUUGAUGGUGGCAAUAAGAGUUCCAGAUAUAUAAAUGACAUAAUAAUCAAACAUGCUGACCGUCAUAACCUUCUGCGUCCUGAAACUGUUGAAUCACUGUUUGUUUUGUAUCGGAUAACAGAAGAUCCAAAGUACCGAGAAUGGGGUUGGCAAAUCUUUGAAGCAUUUGAGACUCACUCAAAGGUUCACCCUGGUGGAUAUACUUCGUUGGAUGAUGUCACCACUGUCCCUCCCCGCACGAGAGAUAAGAUGGAGACCUUUUUUCUGGGUGAAACUUUGAAGUAUUUGUACUUGCUGUUGAGAUACCUCUGUGAUACCAUU